AUCUUUUGAAAUGGUAUAUUAUUAUUACAUAUAACAAAAUUCUAUUUAAGCCUAAAAUUAUAGGACGAGAAAGACAGAAAGUACACAGAGCCAUGUCCACUACCAGUCCUGUUCUGGCUUCCACUCCAACGCCUAGGUUAUUAGGCAAAGUGGCAUUGGUUACAGGUGGAGCCACUGGAAUUGGAGAAAGCAUAGUGCGCCUCUUCCAUAUCCAUGGAGCCAAAGUUUGCAUAGCUGAUGUGCAAGACAACCUUGGAAAGCAGGUCUGUGAAUCCCUUGGCGAUGAAGCAAAUGUUGUUUUUCUCCACUGUGAUGUUACACUGGAGGAUGAUGUUUCCAAUGCAGUGGACUUCACCGUGGGAAAAUUUGGCACCCUUGACAUCAUAGUGAACAAUGCUGGUGUUUCUGGAUCACCUUGUCUUGAUAUCCGCAAUGCAGACUUAUCAGAAUUCGACAAGGUGUUCAGCAUAAACGUGAAGGGCGUGUUCCACGGCAUGAAACACGCCGCGCGAAUUAUGAUCCCAAAGAAGAAUGGCUCCAUCAUUUCUAUAGGCAGUGUUUCAAGUGCACAAGGUGGCAUGGGACCACAUGCAUACACAGGGUCCAAGCAUGCUGUUCUGGGGCUCACAAAGAAUGUUGCAGCUGAAUUGGGGAUGCAUGGCAUAAGAGUGAACUGUGUUUCACCUUAUUGUGUCCUAACAAGUUUGCCUUUGGCCCAUUUGCCUGAGAGUGAGAGAACUGAGGAUGUUGUGGCCAGUGUGCGUGAUUUUACUGGGAGAAAGGCUAACUUGCAGGGGGUGGAAUUAACCACUCAUGAUGUGGCUAAUGCUGUGCUUUUCCUUGCCAGUGAUGAUGCAAGGUAUAUCAGUGGAGAGAAUCUGAUGAUUGAUGGAGGCUUCACCAGCAUAAAUCACUCACUCCAAGUUUUUAGAAGUUAAUGGUAUUUCGUUGUUUGUUAAUUUACUGAGUUUGAGACAUUGCAUCAUGAUUCUAUACAAAAUAAUGUGGAAAUGGUCCUCUAAAAUGGGCUUGUUUUAUCCUUAAAUUUAAUAUGUUUUUGUC